ACACAUGAUAGGGCAGGACUUACCCUGUAACCACUUUCGUUUCUCUGAAAGCAGCUUGCUAUCCACAGUAGACGAAACUAGUUCCACAAACUGUGACAAACCAAGUGGAAGAUGACUGCGGAGGUCUCUAAAUUCGUGGUCCAGACCCUCUGUGACAACCACGGCAGUGUGGACUUUCAAAGCCUCAUAGCCAUUCUGGGACAGAGGUUUACUGUGGCGACCUCGAUCCUUCGCCAAGUUCUUUCCGAAGAUGGUAAAGUAGCAGUGAUUCCAGGCGUCCUUGCUGUCGGCCAGGGUCAAUUAUUCAGCCAGGACAGCUUGAUAGUGGCCAAAACUGCCCUACGACUUUGUCAGAAGAAACCUGGCGAGUGUACGCAAUGCCACAAUUUGCACCUGUGCAAAUUUUACGUUUUGGGGAGCUGCGCGUUUGGGUUCAAGUGUAAACUUCCACACACGGUGACUUGCCUACACAAUGCCGAACUGUUGAAGAAACUUGACCUCCAAUUCCUGUCAGAAAAACAGCUGUUUCGACUCUUACUGCAAAAUGAUCCCUUCCUGCUUCCUGAGAUAUGCGCACACUACAAUAUGGGCGAGGGCCAGCACGGUUUGUGCAAGUUUGCUUCAACGUGCUCGAAGCUUCACAUCUGCCUGUCCCAUUUCACCACGGGAGUCUGUAACCAAGGCUCUUCCUGUUCAAGAAUCCAUAAUGUUGACGUGAAGUCACACAAAAGCUUUGAAAAAUUUACUCAGGAGAUGGUUAAGGAACUUCCAAAAGUCUACAAAAAUAAAUGUGCCAUCUCAAAUCAACAUAACAAUACGGCUAGCGCUGCACCUGGGGGUAAAGGGGUUUUGAGAGGUCCUGCUCAGCACCCUUCAAGCAGAAAAGUCGCUCCGUCUGCAGGUCCAACCAAACCCGCGAGAGAUACCAACGAAAAGGACAUCUGCCUCUUUUUCAUCUCCAAACGCUGCAGAUAUACUGCAGAGCAGUGUGUCUACGACCAUUGGCACUUACCUUACAGAUGGCAGGUAUUAGACUGCGAUGGUGUGACCUGGAACGACUUCACCAAUAUGGAGGAGAUUGAGAAGGCCUACUGUGACCCGACACAAAAUUCAAGCUGCAUGGACCAGUCAAGGUUUUUUUUAUGCUCCCCGCAUGUGGACACACAGGUAGUUAACUUCCUGACGAUGACAUGUAAAGGCUCUAAAGUGCGUCGCCUGUCGACAGCCUCCUCUGUCUCGAAGCCCCCUCACUUUAACCUGACGACACAGUGGCUCUGGUACUGGCAGGACGAGACUGGUAAAUGGAAUGAGUAUGGCCAGAGCAACGGCAACACACCGGCAUCCAUCACUUCUGAGUCUCUGGAGAACAUGUACUUAGGGGACCAAACGCUACAGAUUCCUUUCUCUGCUGGCAAACAACAGUAUGUGAUCCACUUUAGCGGUUAUGAAGCAGGAACCCAGCGGAUGUAUCAGCAAAACUUGAAAUUUUCAACCAAGCGGGAGGUCAGGAGGAGGCCUCGCUUUGUCUCAGCUGCUGAUGUGGAUGUCAAGCGGCAGAGCUCCAGUUCCCUCAAAGCAGAAUGCCCCGCACACUGGGAUGAGAAAGCCGUGCCUGACAUCGGAUUCAAGCUCGUGCCUCUUCCCAUACAUACAGAGUAUCAAAGGAUUGAAAAGUUGUUCAAGGCAACAAUGUCAAAGAGUACCAUCAAGAGCAUCAGGAGGGUUCAGAAUCCUUUUCUGUGGACAGCCUUUCAGUGUCAGAAAGAGCAGAUGAAGAAGAGGAACGGAGGCAAUCCCGUCAGUGAGAAGUACUUGUUCCACGGGACAGAUGGGACCCUGAUUGAAUCCAUUUGUGAGCAAAAUUUUGACUGGAGGAUUUGUGGCGUCCACGGCACCGCUUUUGGCAGAGGAAGCUACUUUGCCGAAGAUGCCUCGUACUCAAAUCGCUACGCCAAAACCAAGAGCGGCGUGGACCGGUGUAUGUUUGCGGCUCGGGUCCUGGUAGGCGACUACACCCAGGGGCGCCAAACACAUGUUCGCCCCCCAACCAAAGGAAACACCACAACCCUUUAUGAUAGUUGUGUUGAUAACGAGGCCAACCCAAAGAUCUUUGUUAUCUUCGAAAAACCUCAGAUUUAUCCCGAGUACAUCAUUGACUACACUGAGUAAAAAGAGCAUGUUAGUAGUUUCGAAAGGUCGUCUUUCUUCCUCGACUUGGCAAAUAAUGAAAGGUUCUAAUGUGUUUUCAUUUCGAUCUUAGAAUACAACGAGUAUGCCGGGUUGUGACCUAACUGGGUGUCGGAACCUACAUUAAUGGUAAAAAAAACAACUGCAAAUUCAAAUAAAGAGACGCACUUUAUGUCAGGUAACUCAUCUGACAAAACAUUACUGCAGGAUAAACUGCAAAAUGUACUGUAUAUUACCCAGUUUUACGCAAAAUUCCAAAUUUGGAAAUUUAUUGGUUCCACCCGACAGGAACUGGAAUUACAAAUUGAAUUAAAGUCAGUGCUUUUCAGAAAUAAUACCUCUAGCCUAGUUUGGCCUAAAUAGUAAAACUACUUUUACAAACAGUAAAGUGAAACACAAAUUAUCUCCAUGUUCAAUACUUAAUGUAAAGCAUUCCGGAAAUUAAGUAUUUUUCCACCAUUUUUUGGAUUCUGAAACUUUAACAAUAUUCAUGACUUUUAGUGAUAUGCCCACAACAUUGGCAAACAAUGCCUGCUAAUUGUUGGCAUUCUAGCAAAAUAACGCAAAGAAUAAUAAUGACUUUAAUUUUAUAAUCCCAAAUUGACAAAAAUGCCAAAACUUAGCAUACUAACAGUUCGCAUGAUAAGUGUGAAAGUAAAUCACUCAUCAUUUUACGUAAUUUGAAAGUAACGCUAUCCGUGACUUUUAGUUCUAUACCUACGAAAUUUGCUAAAUGCAUGCUAACUGUUGGCAUUCUUGCAAGAUAACGGCAAUUACAAUAUACAUGACUUUUAGUUGUAUAUCUCCAAAAUGGGCUAAAAUUCGAACACUUAGAAUGCUAACAGUUACGAGCAAGAUAACACCAAGUAACAAUAUCCACAACCUUUAGUUUUAUAUCUACAUUAGUUCAAAUGCCAACAUUUAGCAUGUUAACAGUUAGCAUGCUAGCAUAAAUAAUGCCAAGUAACAAUAUACAUUCAUUCAUCCAUCCACUUUCUACCACUUGUCCUUUAAUAUUAUAUACACCAUACUAAAUUGGCUAAAUGUCAACACUGAGUAUGCUAACAGUCGGCAAAAUAACAUCUAACAAUAUAUUUGACUUUUAGUUUUAAUAACUAAAAAACUGUUUAAACUGCUAACAGUUCAUUUGUUACUAUGCUAACUUUUAAGAUGUUAACUGUUGGCCUUCUAUCAAGCUAAUGCCAAGUAAAACAUAUCAAUGACUUUUAGUUUUUUUAUUACUUAGAAAAUUGUAUAACAUGCUAACAUUUAACAUGAUAGCAUUUUAACGGUUAGCAGCUAACAGUUAAAAUGAUAGCAUCUUAACUGUUAGCAUGGUAGUGCUAAGUACUAGCAAGAUAACACCAAGUAGCAAUAUCCAUCACCUUUUAGUUUUAUAUCUACUACAUGAAGUUAAAAUGCCAACAUUUAGCAUGUUAACAGUUAGCAUGUUAGCAAAAAGAAUGCCAAGUAACAAUAUACGUAGACUUUAAUAUUAUAUACAACAUACUACAUUGGGUAAAUGUCAACACUGAGUAUGCUAAUCAUUAGAAAAUAACAUCUAACAAUAUAUUUUACUUAAUUUUGAUAUCUAAAAAACUGUCUAAACUGCGAACAGUUAAUUUGGGCCUUCUAUCAAGCUAAUGCCAAGUAAAACCUAUCGAUUACUUUUAGGUUGUUUUUUUUUACUUCGAAAAUUGUAUAACAUGCUAACAUGAUAGCAUCUUAACUGUUAGCAUGGUAGCAUUUAGUACAAAUAGUGCCAUAGGUGCUGAUUGAGUUGAGCUUUUUGACUUUGAAACAGUUGAAUUUUGUGGGAAUAGUUGAUUCUGGAAUACCCCGAAAUGAUCAAUUAAAAUUUUAAAUUCUACUUACUUCAAUUUCAAAUUGCAAUUCUACUUCCCUGCGAUGAGGUGGCGACUUGUCCAGGGUGUACCCUGCCUUGUGGGGCUGUAUGGCUCGAUUGGUAGAGUGGCCAUGCCAGCAACUUGAGGGUUCCAGGUUCGAUACCCGCUUCCGCCAUCCAAGCCACUGCCGUUGUGUCCUUGGGCAAGACACUUUACCCACCUGCUCCCAGUGUCACCCACUCUGGUUUAAAUGUAACUUAGAUAUUGGGUUUCACUAUGUAAAAGCGCUUUGAGUCACUAGAGAAAAAGCGCUAUAUAAAUAUAAUUCACUUCACUUCACUUCCGCCCGAAUGCAGCUGAGACAGGACAAGUGGUAGCAAAUGGAUGGAUGGAUGGAAUUCUACUUCCUGUUUUCAACCUCAAUUUGAAUUUAUGGGAUGGAAUUGGAAAUUAGGAUUUAAGUACAGAUUUUUGUCACUGGUUAGAACUAGAGAUGUCCGAUAAUAUCGGCCUGCCGAUAUUAUCGGCCGAUAAAUGCGUUAAAAUGCAAUAUCGGUAAUUAUUGGUAUCGGGUUUUUUUAUUGUCGGUAUCGUUUUUUAUUUUUUUUAUUUUUAUUUUUUUAUUAAAUCAACAUAAAAACACAAGAUACACUUACAAUUAGUGCACCAACCCAAAAAACCUCCCUCCCCCAUUCACACUCAUUCACACAAAAGGGUUGUUUCUUUCUGUUAUUAAUAUUCUGGUUCCUACAUUAUAUAUCAAUACAGUCUGCAAGGGAUACAGUCCGUAAGCACACAUGAUUGUGCGUGCUGCUGGUCCACUAAUAGUACUCACCUUUAACAGUUAAUUUGACUAAUUUUCAUUAAUUACUAGUUUCUAUGUAACUGUUUUUAUGUUGUUUUACUUUCUUUUUUAUUCAAAAAAAUGUUUUAAAUUUAUUUAUCUUAUUUCAUUUUAUUAUUUAUUUUUUAAAAGUACCUUAUCUUCACCAUACCUGGUUGUCCAAAUUAGGCAUAAUAAUGUGUUAAUUCCACGACUGUAUAUAUCGGUAUCGGUAAUUAAAGAGUUGGACAAUAUCGGAAUAUCGGAUAUCGGCAAAAAGCCAUUAUCGGACAUCCCUAGUUAGAACCCAGCAGUGAAGCAGGAUGUAGCCAUGAGUCGGAACCUGCUAUCAGAUAUAUGUUAGCAUCUGCUGUCACGUUGAAAAACAUGCUGGACAGUGACAAUUGCUUUCAACACAACAAGCCGGGAAAAGCAUCACAUCUCAGAUGUUUGCAUGUGACACUCUGGUCCUGGAAUUGCACAAUAAAAAAAAAAAGUUUUUUUAAA